AACAAAGCCCACAAGCAGAGUUCUGAGCUAAAAGGCGGAAACAUAGGGGUUAAGAGACCCUCUGAAUCUGAGCAGCUCGAACGGAGCAAUCUAACUGAGGAAUUUGGCCAUGCUGUUUGUUCAGAACACCCAAACCAUUCAACUGACAGCACCCAAGACAGCAACAAAAGGAGAAGGAUUUCUUCCCCACCAGAUGUAACCCGCCCUCAUGGAAAUGUUAUUAGAAUACGCUUGCCUUCACAGAAGCUUGUCAACAAUGAUUCUUCUUCAGCUCCCAAUGAGCAGAUGUGUUCAACAUCUGGGAGGAUUGAUUUACCUUUGCAGCCCAAAUGCGAAAGUACUUCCACUGCUGCUGCUGCUGCUGGUACCACAUUGUGGGCAUCACUAAAAGCUGUUGAGGAGAGCUUGCCAUCUGCCCCGUACUCUCUAAAAACAUGUCAAACUUUGCGGGUUUCCCAAAAAGAUGUUGAGAAGAGCUUGCCUUCUACUCCUAUAAACACGUGUGCUUUGCGGGUAGUGAAAGAAGCUGUUGAGAAGAGGUUAUCAUCUGCAAGGGAGGAGACGCCAAUGCAGAAAGAGGAAAUGAGAUACAGGGAUUUGAUAGAGAAGUGGAUUCCUCCAAGUUUGAAUGACGACCUUGAUAGCCUGGAUCAGGACUGGCUGUUCAACAGAAAGCGAGAUACGUGCGCGAAGAAGAAGCAACAGCCCAUAUCCACUCCCAACAUGCUGUGUAGCGCCUCUGCAUUAUGGCCGCCACGUGCUCAGUUUUUGCCAGACGCCGAAAUAUAUGCCUUGCCCUACACAAUCCCUUAUUGAAUCCUUUGUACAAAAAGGUAGUAGGGAGGGAGAGCAUUCUCUACAUCUAUCUUCACCAGAAUGGGGUGUGGAUGAUAUUCUGCUGAGCAUCAUCAGCUGUCCAUUUUUACACUAAAACAAUGUAUACUAUCAAGUCCACUUAUCAAUAGUUAGAUUCUUUUUUUUUCUUUUUUGAAAAAUAUUGGAUGUUACUUGCUCUAAGAGGGAUAUUUUCUGUUCUAAGAGGAAUAUUUUCUGUUCAUGAACUCUCUUAUACUUUUGCCUACUAAAAAAGGGUUAAAAUG